GCAUGCCGUGCGUGCUGGGCGUGGAUCUACCCGCACACCCCCUCUCCUUCCAUGGACCGGGUGGAUAUCUCAGGCAGUGGGCUGGUUUCGCACAUUCCAGAUUGAGGCAAGGGUAUCAAGCACUCUGCUCAUUUCCUGCCGCAGAAGAUCCUGAUUUCACUUCGCAUUUAGCACAGAUCAUUUGGCUCGCUCUGCGCCUCGACCUGAUUGCACUGUCUGAGUUUGUGCGGCGUGAUUGACAGACCGGAUUUGAAUGCAUGAAUGCUGGCUAUAGAUCGAAGGGUUUAUUUAGCCGUGCAUUAAAUCCUAACCCAUUCCACGCUGUCUAUGCAGAGUUGUGAAAAAUAAAGAGAGAGAGAAGAAAACUACACCGAGGAUAAAAGUGUGUCGAGACUGACUUUUAUUUUAAGGAUAUUGUGUUUGUACUAUUUUUAAACUAAAAUGCCUCGGUCUUUCCUCGUCAAGAAAUGCUUUACCAGCAAAAAGCCGAACUACAGCGAGCUGGAAAGCCAGACAGAGAGUUACCCAGGAGGCGAAAUUAGUGCUGUCACUGCCUGCUACCCUUCAGCCCUGGUGUGGGAUGUGGGGCUCCUCCUCACCCCCGAGACGAGCCCCUUACCGGAGGGUCCCGGACCCAUGGACCUGAGCUCUCUGUCCAGCAGCGAGGAGGAGGAUGAGGGGCGCUCCUCGGACCCCCCCAGCCCCACCCCUGCCGAGCGCUUCCCAUGCACAUGCUGCAGCAAGUCCUACAGCAGCCCCGCAGGGCUGUCCCGUCACCAGCUGUCCCACUGCCAGAGCGAGGAGAGGGUAGCCAACCCCCGUGCCUUCCGCUGCAAGCACUGCCCCAAGGAGUACAGCAGCCUGGGCGCCCUGAAGAUGCACAUCCGCUCCCACACCCUGCCCUGCGUCUGCCCCACCUGCGGGAAGGCCUUCUCCCGACCCUGGCUGCUGCAGGGACACAUCCGCACGCACACCGGCGAGAGACCGUUUUCCUGCACUCACUGCAGCCGUGCCUUCGCUGAUCGCUCCAACCUGCGCGCCCACCUGCAGACCCACGCCGAGGUGAAGAAGUACCAGUGCACCACCUGCUCUCGAACCUUCAGCCGCAUGUCCCUCCUGCACAAGCACAGCGAGGCUGGCUGCUGUGUGUCCUCGUGAGGGGCGUCUCCGCCUUGUAGACAUGGGGGGAGGGGAGGGCAGCCUCUGGAACAGGACCAUUGACUAUGGAGAACAUUGGGGAUCCACUUUGCAUUUCAGAGAAUUCUGUUAUUGAACAUUACUUCCCUCUCCAUCACAAACAAUUUGUCUCUCUUUAGAGCGGUUAUUCCAAUCUGAUUGGCAUUCCCAAACAAACUGUGCAGUCUAGAGCAUAUGAAACUUUUUUAAUAUAUAUAUUUUUGAAUAAACGUAUAUACUGCAGCCUAUUUUCAUAUAUAUAUUUGUACCUAUGUUUGCACCCCCUCCCUCUCUGCCUGAGCACAAAGAAACAGCUGCUGGGCUGCCAAUGGUAACACACCAAGAAACUUAUUGAGUCAGCUGCUGCCCGAUGCUGUGUGAAGGCAGAGCAUUGACAGGUGUGCUCCUAGUGUCCUUCACAAGGCUGUUAACAGGUGCCUUCCUGUGAGUGUUCACGUAGCACGCAAAUACAGUGACUAUAACGAGUUUGUUUGCAGCCCAGGGAGGUAUGGAAAGGUUUAGAGGUGUGGGUGUCAUUCGGGUAACUGCCAUCGUCUAUCAGGAUAUAUUGGUUAUGUACAGUUUACAGAUAUUCAAUAAAAAUUAUUUAUAUUAAAAAAA